AUGAACUUGUCCACGCGGGUGCUGCUGCUCACGGCACUUGUUGUUGGCCUCGUCUCCACCACAACAGCGCAGAGCGGUUCCGGCUCAACUGUUACGUGCCUAACGUCGCAGUACUUGGACAAGACCACCGGCGAGUGUGUCAACUACACCGGUCGAGGCCAAAAAGCUGAGACCGACUACGGUCGAGCAGUCGACUCGGGCAACACAGCAUGGAUGCUAAUGGCCAGCGCUCUGGUGAUGAUCAUGACUCCUGGAGUCGCCUUCUUCUACGCCGGCCUGGCGGGUGAGGAAAUGGCCUCCAACACCAUCAUGAUGUCGUUCGUCAGCAUGGCUCUGGUGUCUGUCCAGUUCUGGGCGUUCGGCUAUUCUGUGGCUUUUGGGUCGAACGGCAUGUUCACGUGGACCGGAUACGACAACGUUGGCCAGACACCGAGUGGCACAUACGCUACUGAGGUCCCGCACAUCUUGUUCGCCUUCUUCCAGACCCAGUUCGCCAUGAUCUCACCCGCUCUACUGAGCGGAGGAAUCGUCGGUCGAAUGAAGUACAACUCCUUCCUGAUCUUCAUCCUGCUCUGGACGUCGCUAGUGUACGACCCGUUGGCCCACUGGAUGUGGUCGAUGAAACUUGAUAGUUCGUGGGCGAUCACCGCUAUGGGCUGGGAGGCUAAGAUGGGAUCCCUCGACUUCGCCGGUGGCACAGUGAUUCACAUUUCGAGUGGGUUUGGAGCCCUCGCUGCCGCUUUGAUGGUUGGAAAGAGAUACAACCACAGUGAACCUGUGAAGCCGCACAAUGUACCGCUAGUAAUGAUCGGAGUCACGCUUCUGUGGUUCGGCUGGUUCGGCUUCAAUGCCGGAUCCUCCGGUGCGGCCGAUGGCAUUGCUGCCACGGCUGCUAUCAACACCCACUUGGGAUCCAGUGCGGGAUUCCUGACGUGGGUUGGACUCGAAUAUGCUUUGUACAAGAAGUUUGAUCCCUGCGGAGCUGCUAGUGGUGCGGUGGCCGGUUUGGUUGCGAUCACUCCGGCCUGUGGCUACGUGUACCCUUGGGCAUCCAUAGUGUUCGGCAUGAUAGGUGCUGCAACGGGCUUCGCUGCUAUCCAGAUGAAGAACUAUUUGCGCUACGACGAUACCCUCGACUCCUUCGCUAUUCACGGCUGUGUUGGCGUUAUGGGUGGCUUGCUGACGGGUUUGUUUGCAACGUCGGAUGUGAACCCGAACAUCGAUGGUGGUGCCUUUUACGGAAACCCUGAGCAGUUCCUCCACCAAUUGAUCUCGCAGUGCGUCGCUGCUGCCUACUCGUUUGUAGUGACCAUGAUUAUUCUGUUCUUGCUCAAGAUCACAAUUGGCCUUCGUGUGGAUGAAGACAAGGAGGUAAAUGGUAUUGACGUCACGUACCAUGGCGGCCUCGCUUACGACUACAGGACUCAAGACUAUACGGCUAAGGUGGAGAAACGGGCCUCAAGUGAGUUCGCAUUGAUGGGUGCUCCUACCUUGGCACCCCUGUAA